UGUAAAAACAGAGAAAUGGAGCUUAGCAAGAUAACGCAGGAGAUCUUCUCGAGACUGGAGCAGAAAUGGCUAUCGCAUUGUGAAGACAAGAAAACUAGAAUUCUCAGCAUUGACGGUGGUGGAACAAAAGGCCUUGUUGCCGGAGCAGCCUUAAUCCAUCUAGAAGACCAGAUCCAAGCCAAAACCGGAGAUCCUCAAUCUCGAAUAAUCGAUUUCUUCGACGUUCUCGCUGGAACGGGAAUCGGCGCCAUUUUCUCUGCAAUGCUGACGGCAGACGCCGGUAACGGUCGCCCGUUGUUCACCGCCAGAGACGCUGUUAAAUUUUUGCAGGAAAAACAGUCGGAGAUGUUUAAGGUCAAGCAUGGAGGGAUUUUCCGACGAAAUCGCAGGUUUUCGAGUAAGAGCAUCGAUAAAACCUUGAAAGAGGCUUUAAGCAGAGAGGACGGUAAGGUGUUGACUUUGAAGGAUACUUGCAAACCUCUCCUCGUUCCUUGCUACGAUCUGAACAGCUCUGCGCCGUUCGUCUUCUCCCGUGCCGAUGCUUCGGAGACUCCGAGCUUCGAUUUCGAACUCUGGAAGGUAUGUCGUGCCACGUCAGCCACUCCAAGCUUAUUCAAACCGUUUCAUCUGACCUCCAUUGACGGCAAAACGUCGUGUCUGGCUAUUGACGGAGGUCUCGUCAUGAACAACCCCACGGGAGCUGCCGUUACUCAUGCCUUGCAUAACAAACGGGAUUUCCCCUCCGUAAACGGCGUCCAAGACUUGCUCGUUCUAUCACUAGGUAACGGGCCUUUGAGUGGUCCCUCACAGUCACCGUCACGGCGGCAACUGCAGCGUAACGGGAAAUGUUCGACGCCGUUGGUCGUUGACAUUGUCCUUGACGGCGUCUCGGAAACCGUCGACCAAAUGCUCGGGAACGCUUUCUGUUGGAAUCGAACGGACUACAUGAGAAUCCAGGCCAACGGUUUCAUUUCUCAAGAUAUGGAGCCGACGAUGGAUGGGGUGCUGACAGAGCGAGGAGUGGAAUCGUUACCGUUUGGCGGGAAGCGGUUACUGACAGAGACUAACGGACAGAGAAUCGAGAACUUCGUGCAACGCUUUGUUGCUUCUUCGGGAAAGUGUAGUCUACCGCCAAGCCCUUGUAAGGAAACAGCCGUUAGCCCUCUGGCAAGUGGCCGUUAGUGUCGUCUUUCUUAGUUAACCAUGCUUUUGUUUUAACCCAAAGUUUAACUAUCCUAGUCCAUGAGUUAAGUGGUGUCUAA